AGAGUUUCGCCGCCGCCAUCUCGGGUCGGAGGCGGCCGCCGGUCACCGGGACGCAGCGCGGAGGCGCCGCCAGCCCCGGCCCUGAGCCCCGGCCCUGAGCUCCGGCCCCGCCUCGGCCCGGCCCCGCCAUGCUGUCCCGCCUCGUCCUCCGCGCCGCCCCGGCCGCGCUGAGGAGCCCGCAGCCGCCCGUCGCCGUGGGCGUGUUGCACAGCACAAGAGGCCUGCACACAACCCGGGAGCGUUGGGCUCCUGUGCCACCGCUGCCUGAGAAGGGAGGAGAAGUGCGUUACGGUUUGAUCCCCGAGGAGUUCUUCCAGUUCCUGUAUCCUAAGACAGGAGUUACAGGCCCUUACAUGUUGGGAACAGGGCUGCUGCUUUACCUACUCUCUAAGGAAAUCUACGUCAUCAACCACGAGACGGUGGCAGCCGCCAGCAUCUUGUCUGUCAUCAUCUACUGCAUCAAAAAGUACGGGGCCGACGUGGCAGCUUUCGCUGACAAACUCAACGAGGAGAAGGUUGCCAAGGCUUUGGCUGUGAAGAACGAGGCAAUUGAACACCUGCAGACGGCCAUUGAGGAGGAGAAGAAGGAGCAGUGGCGGGUGGAAGGCCGCAGCUACCUCUUCGAUGCCAAGCGGAACAACAUUGCAAUGCUGCUGGAAACCAACUACCGGGAGAGGCUGCUGACGGUGUACAACGAGGUGAAGAAGAGGCUGGACUACCAAGUGGCCCUGCAGGCCCUAAAGCGUCAGAAGGAGCAGGAUCACAUGAUCCAGUGGGUGGAGAGGAAUGUUGUUCAGAGCAUCACUCCUCAGCAGCAGAAGGAGAGUAUUGCAAAGUGCAUCUUGGACCUGAAGGCGUUAUCAAAGAGUGCCCAGGCUGCCGUGUAACCACCCCACCCCCUGACGUUUGCCUCCUUCCUUACUGUUGGAACCUGUGUGAUCCUGAAGCACCAUUAAACAAACCAACCAACCAC